UAAACCAACAAGAUGGCGUUACUUUAUCUUAUGUUCUUCUGUGUCUUGACGACAGGACAGUGCAUCCGACUUGGCCUGGAGCAUCUCUCUACGGUGUACCUCCCUUACAGGUAUGACAGCGACGGCGACGCCAGGUACAAGAUGGGGAAGGGGGCUGCGGAACAAGUCGGCUACGAUGCCGACAACAAGAAAGUCUACAGCGUCGGCCAGCCGGGGCUCCUGAACGUCAUUGACGUGUCCGAUCCCCAUUCCAUCAGCCUGCUGCACCACCAGGAACUUCCGCAAGCCGGCCAGGCGGCGUACACUGACGUGGAGUACUGUGGCGGGUUCGUGGCGCUGAGCAGGGAACACGAACACAAGGGUCUGCCGGGACAUGUGCUCAUCUACGAGGCUUACCGGGGCGCGGGCGACAUGCGGCAGGUGUACCAGGCUAGAGUUGGAGGCUCUCCCGACAUGCUCCUCUUCACACGUGACUGCCGUAAGCUGAUCGUGGCGAACGAAGGGAAGGACGGCGGAGACGGGAACGGGAACUUCCUGAACCCGGAGGGCUCUCUCACCAUCAUCGACUUCAGCUCGGACGAUCUGCCCAACAGUGACCACAUCCAGACCAGAACUGUCAACUUCAGGAAGUUCGAUGAAAGACAGGACGAGUACGCGGCUAGAGGAGUACGAUGGGUGUACCGGGGGGAGGAGAUCGGGAUUCCCAACCGGCUGUCUGAGGAACUGGAGCCGGAAUACGUCACACUCAGCAAGGACGAGACCAAGGCUUACGUCGGACUACAAGAGAACAACGCAGUGAUCGUGGUUGACUUAGUGACGGCAACGGCAGAAGAGCUGUACCCCCUGGGCGCCAAGUACUGGGGAGACUCCGGUCUGGACCCGAGUGACAAGGACGGAGGAAUCCACAUCGCAGCCUGGCCCAUCUACGGCCUGUACCAGCCCGACACGGUGAAGUACGUGUCCGCGGGAGGCCGCGAGCUGCUCAUUACGUCAAACGAGGGGAACACGCGCGCUCUCACCGUCAACGGCAUCGAUAUCAACGACGAGUGGAGGGGCACGGACUUUGUAGAAAACGAUGCCUUAGCAAGCAGUGUGUCGCCUAUGCUGAGAGAUGCCUUGAGGGAUGAGACCAAGCUAGGAGUCCUACGCUUUAGUAACUACGAUGGGAAGUCGGCUUCUGACCCCACCAAGUACGAGGCGUUCUACGCGUUCGGAGGGAGGGGGUUCUCCGUCUGGGAUGCCAAGAACCUGACACAGAUCUGGGACAGCGGUGACCAGGUGGAGCGUGCGCAUGCGAUGUACUACCCGUCCAUAUUCAACAGUGAGUUCGAGGAGGACUUUCCACACGACCAUCCCGAGGACACGAUGGACGAAACGUCCAAGAAGAAGGGUCCCCAGUCCGAGUCCCUGGCUGUCGGAGAGGCUUUCGGGAAGACUGUUAUCGUCCUUGGGAACGAGCGCACCUCCACCCUGAUGCUGUAUGCCCUGGACACCCACAACCCGCACGCCGUCCCAGAAUUCCAGUCCAUUUACCGCCAUGGCCGGUGGGACCGGAGGUGGGACAGCGCCUACGAUGACCGAGAGGUCGGUGACAUUGACCCCGAGGACAUCAAGUUCAUUCCGCAUGAGGCCUCUCCUGACGGGCACCCUAUGCUGCUGGUAGCUGGAAGCCUGAGCGGAACGGUGACCUUGUACCGGGUCAUCAACACGCCUCUGUAGGGCACAGAUCUCAACACCUGGCUGCAGCACCUCGUGGUUGCGAAUAAAUGAAUAAAUGAAGACCUUUAUAAGUUUAUUGUACAAAAAUACCUACUGAGUUAAGUACAAAGGAGUCGCUUCUGUAUACAAACAAAUAUACAGCAUUAAGCUAGCACUAGUGCUAUAAUCUAAGUAAAAAAUAAGGACUUUGCUAUUCAAUCAUUCACCAACCUGAUGAAUUUAUUCAAGAAUGAGAGA